AUGGAGAUUUCCAUUGGUCUACUAUCCACCAAAAUAUUUCCAUACUUUAUGGAUCUAACCGUUUUAUACAGAUGUCUUAUAUACCUGUUGACAUGGCUUAUUCUCAGUUUGGUUAUAUACAUUCAAUACCUUUUGAUGACAACAAAUCACCGCAAACGUGACACUGAGACAAAUCAAGGCAGAACAGAUUCUGAUAAUUUAGAAAAUGGAGACAAGUAA